AUGGCGCCACCAGAGAUCAUCGAGGAUUAUUACAUGAUCCUUGAAGUGGAUCAAGAUGCCGCGCCUGGGGUGAUCGUAGCAUCCUACAGAAGACUAGCGCUGAAGCGCCAUCCCGACCGCAGUAAGAAGCAGAAUGCUACUGCUGAAUUCCAACUGCUCCAACAAGCCUACGACACCUUGAACGAUGAAAGCAGACGGAGUGCAUACGACCUCAUCUAUCCGUCUAUCGGAAAUACACAAGCGCCACGUACGCCCGCUGUUCCAAAUCCACAAUCGGGGCGCCUGAACGAAGCGAGUCAGAUCAUCAUCCUUCAGAAAUCGAAGCAAGAGCGCAACGAGGUAUGGCAGGUCAAAAGAAAGGCAUUUGAAUCGUCGAUUCGCCAGAUGCAAAGCGUCAUGCAGAGCUUAGUGCAGGAUAUCAAGAAUUUGGACAGUAUCACCGCGGCAGAAGCCGCGGCAGAAGCUAGGAAGAAUAGUUGGACAACCUGUUUGUUGUCAUCACUGUACAAGACGGUAGAAGACAGCGAGGAGGAAGUAUGUCGUAAAGACAGAGCAAAACAAGAAAGGAGAAUUGAAAAAGACAUGAAGGAAAGGCGACUGGAAAAGAAGAGGACGGAGGUGAUGAAAGAGGAGAGCCUACUCGCAACAGCGAUGAGGGAGGUGGAUGACGCAGAUAUGUUGGAUGACAGGAGGAUAAAGGCACUUUCGAACAUCAUCCAGGCCAGAGAAGCCGCGGAAAGGGCUGAAAGGGAACGAGUGGAGAGAGACAGGAUUGCCCGAGUUCAACAGCAAGAACGAGAGCAGUGGGAGAAGUUGGCUCGUCAAGCAUCCGAGGCAUCGCAAGCCCGACGAGCAGAAGAACGUAGACGUCGACAGGAGCAGGCUAGGGAACGACAGCAAUGGGGCUCGCAAUUCGAUGCAUCUCGUGAAGGUACAAGUCAUAACAAUUCAUCGGCUUGCUGCCAUGACGGCUGGUGGCCGAAGAUUCACGGCCGUACAAACUGCCCCGAGUGCGGCGACCUCUGGACCUAUUUACUGCAGUGUCCGGGCUGUCAGAUGAAUGCAUGCCCGAAAUGUCAAGGUGCGAUUCGGAGAACCCGCAACGCGCAGCGAAGACGUCCUCAGCCGAGAAAUAGAAACACAGGUUUCGACUCGGAUGACUUCUACUAA